AGAGCUGAGGACUGAGGUGAGUCGGGAAGACCCGGAGGGAGAACCAACAGGUUGGCGGUCGCGCACGUGGUGAGGACGUUCGAAAACGAGUGGAUAUCGGAAAUAAUUGCGGGAAAGAACAAGUUUUUCUAUUUUCUGGUUCUAUAGCGUCUUGUUUCUUCCCCGUGGUGUCUUUACGAACGGUUCUGUGAUUCCGCAACAAGAUCUUUUAAUAAAAAGGGGCGAAAGACUAGUUCAAGAUGAGGACGUUACUAGGCACAGGUUUUGUUAUAUUCGCAUGCAUCUGCCCUCUCGUUAAGCCACAGAUACACGAGCCUUCCGCUAACAGUACCACUCACAGUUCAACGCCAGGCCCAACAACCCCAGUGGUAACCACUACAGAAGUCAAUGAAGCUGAAAGUGCCUCAGUUGAACCUCAUGAGCCAGAAUCUGCAGCGGAAGCACCAUCUAGCAGUAAUGAAGCGAGCGCAUCCUUGCCAGAGACAGAGGUUCCUCACACCCCACUUCCAAGAGUAGACAACGAGGUUGAAAUUGGUAACAUCCAUAAUGUAACCAGCACCAGCUCUCCGGACACCACUACUCCUUCAGCCAGUGGAGGUAGCGAAGAAGUUGCAGAAACGACCCUUUCUCCGACCCCUGGCACAACCGCGUCUUCGCUUCUUACUACGGAACACAUUACAACGACUCCAGGUGAGAACUUACAUGAAACCAGCCCAGCAGUGUCUGAAGAGCCGACAACUACUGCUUCAUCUACAAGUCCCACAACCGAACAAGAAGAAGAAGAUCCACUCACCACCACUGAUGCUCCAUUGGCAGUCACUGAGACUUCUACUCAUUCAGCCGUGGAAAUUUCAACUGAGGGCAGUGAAGUUACUGCUUCUUCAGAACCGCCUGUGACCACCACAGUGCAGGAAACAUCGACAGUAGCAACAACUGAGGAAGCUGAAGGUCCCACACCUGAACCAGAGAGCAUAACUGAGGCGUCAACCACUACUUUAUCACCAGGAACAACGACUAUGGAGGACAACAGUACUACAACGGAUGACACGACUGAAUCAACAGAAGGAUCUGCCGAAACAGCAACAACCACGACAACUGAGACAACCACGACAAGUGAGAGCGUUUCAGAGGAAUCGCCAGAAAGUGAAAAGAAUGUGGGUGGCUGCCUCAGCAAAGCAGACGUCAACACAAUAUUGAUCAUUGCCAUCGUAGUUGGGGUAAACGUCCUAUCUGUGGUUGUGACAGCAAUCUGUGUACAUAGACUGGUAUCUCGCAGAUUAUCUUGGGAUCCACCUCCAAUGCAUUACAGCAAGAAGUCUUCCCCAGCAGAAGCCCGCGGGAGAUCGUCCCCUAGCCGCCCCCCGCACCGCCGGAAUCAAUCUCGCAACAGACACUGACUGCAGAGCUGGCGAGAACCCCGCUACCCAGAUUCCUAUAGUGAUCACGAACGAAGACGGCUGGUGCGUCCCGUACAGCGACCAAGACAAGAAGAAGAAGAACGCUUCCGAAAAGAAAACAGAGGACACUGGAGUGUGAAUGGGGUUUGCUGUCCUUCAAUUAGUGCUCGGUGUCUCAAUUUGAUCGAAUUUUCAUUGACAAAACUUUAAUUAAAGAGUGUUUAGGAAGGCCAUUCAUUUGGAAAAGAGCGUGAGUGAAAUGGAGCACUUAGUAGGCAGAUUGCUAAGAAACUAUACUCUGUUUUUUUCCAUCUGUCCAUCCGCCUGUGGUGUUUUCGCAUGGUAACACUGCGUCCCGGGCUUUAAAUAGUUACGCUAUGUGUAAGUUUUAGGUAAAUAAAAGGAUAUCCGGGUGUACAUUUUCAACUGAAAAGUGUUUUAAUAAUUUACUGUAUGCGAAUUACACCGUUAAUGUUCGAAAUAGGAUAUUAUUAUUGUUGUUGAAUGUAAGCUGAAUGUAACUACCCAAGCCCGGGACGCAGUGUUACCAUACGCAAACACCACAGGCGGAUGGACAGAUGAAAAAAAAACGAGUAUAACUUAUUAAGUGUCUCAGAUCAGCAGAAAAUAAAUUAUUCAAGAAUUUACCUCGAGAGUUGAAUUACAGACAGCAACACCAGUCCUUGGGUGGAUGAUGAUCCAUCAUUGGUAAAACAAGAGGAGGUCCGGUUGGUAUUAUAUGAUUACAGAUGUUGAUUUUUUAUUACCGAUUAAUCAUGUGGUUAUUUAUAGUUAUAAAGGCUAUACUAUCUCUUUGGUGAAGAGAAAGAUGUUAAGCUUUGAAAGUUCUCAGCUCUACGUUAUUUUUGUAAUUACACUUUGUAACGGUUAUUGUACGUUUAAAAAUUUGAACGGGUCCAUGUUUUAAUCUUGCAUGGUAGGACGAAAUAUCUUUAAUAGUAGUGACAAGAUUGUGAUGAUAGUUUUGAAAAUAAUACCAUUGUUUAAAAAUACAAAUCGUUUAGAAGUAAUAGUUUCUGUAUUUUUCCCAUUUUCCAUUCUUGGAAUAACCAAUAAAUCUAAUACCUUUAUUUUUCCCUUUUUCCAUUCUCUUAUUAUCUGUUUGAUAAACAGCUUCUUUCAUACUUCACUGGCUAUUCAGUGUAUCACAUUAGCUGAUGACUGAAAUUUUAUAAGCAAAUGUUUGAAACUUUUUGAAUAGUUUGUUUUCUAAAAUGUUAAACCAACACUUCUGUCUCUGAAUGUAGGGAGAGAUGACUCUCAAAUCCUCCUAAAGUUUCUGCAUAUAAGGAGUGUUAAACCUGCCACGUUCAAGCUCUUUAUGGUCUAAAUAAAGGGGAAAGAGUAUGGACUUGUCUGUGCAAAGGAAAAAUGGUAGGGUGGGGGGGGGGGGGGGUUGCGUUCGGGGUGGCUGGUCGCAAAAACUACGUUAUUCUCUUCCAUAAUAAUAAUAAUGGAAUUUGUCUGUUAUGGUGAUUAGUGCUUUGCAGUAAGUGGUCAUGCUAUUGAAUUUAAAGAGAAAUAAGUGGGACGCGGAAGUGUUCACUUGAUAUUUUCUAUGAGUGGGUAUAUCAAGGUGCUUCAUUAACAUGUACUAAAGUCUUUCCACUAAGAAAAUAAAUCUUCACCGUCGUAAUCCUCAUUAUUAUCAGUAUAUUGUUGCACACCAGAAAAGUUCUUCUUUCUUACUCUAAUGCAAGAGUAUUCUCACUUUACUCUCAUUCACUCUAGUAAUCUCAUUCAUUCAUUGUCAGUUUUCUCAUUCAUUCACUGAGAAGAGAAAAAUCUCAUUCUGUUCAAGUCGAUUUACACUAUUUUCUUUAGAUUAUCUCGAUAUCGGCAACUUCGAUGACGACUUUCCAAAGAAUGAAGUGGUAAUUUGUUAAGUAUUGCGAUAAUUUAUAAUCAGCAGCAAAUCAUAUGUUAUCAAAUAGUAUUUAAAUAAUAGAGAAAAAUACUUUUGUCCUUAGGAAACAAUGACCAAAUAUAAUUUUAGUUUAUAUUGUCAAAUUUGUUUUUCUUAUUUUGCUGCUUAAUGUGAACCGUUGACUGCUUUUAAGCUUCCGUUUCGUUACUAUGCAUAUUUGUUUGGUAUCAGAGCAUAACGUUGUUCAGUGAUGCUCACUGGACUAUGAUCAUUUUAAAAAAAUGAGACUAAUAUCCAAAAGUGAAUUAUAUGACUAGCAUCCCUGUUAAAGAGUAUUGUAAGUGCAUGUUGUGAUAAGAAUUUCCAAUUUCGGAUGUAUGUAUGAAACAAAAAUAAAUUAUUACCUGAUUUCAA